AUGUCUGAUGCACAAGAGAACAUCCUGAGACACAUGCUGAAAAUGAUGGAGGAUUGUGAAAUUAGAGGAUUCGUCUACGGCAUCAUCCCUGAAAGUGGCAAGCCGGUAAGCGGUUCCUCUGAUAAUCUUCGCGGCUGGUGGAAGGAGAGAGUGAGGUUCGAUCACAAUGGCCCCACCGCAAUCGUUAAGUUUGAGGAAGAAAGUGCACAUGACAAGAAACAAGGCAGAGACAUGGCAUCUCCUUACACUCUUCAUGAGCUCCCUGACAUAACUUUAGCGACACUCUUGUCAAGCCUCACACAACGAUGUGAGCCACCUCAAAGGAAGUACCCAUUGGAAAAAGGUAUCCCCCCACCAUGGUGGCCCACUGGGAAGGAACCAUGGUGGCCUGAGUUGGGGUUUAGCAAGGAUCCUGGCCCUCCUCCUUACAAGAAGCCUCAUGAUCUUAAAAAGGCAUGGAAGGUGUGUGUGCUAACUGCUGUGAUCAAGCACAUUUCCCCUAACAUUGACAAGAUAAGGAACAUUGUCAGGCAUUCUAGGAACCUGCAGGACAAGCUCACUGCAAAGGAGAAUGCUAUUUGGAUGGCUGUCUUGAACAAUGAGGAGUCUCUGGCAAGAAAGCGUCACCCUGAAAUGUUCCUGCCUAAGUCUCAUGAUGAUGAUGAUGAUGAUGAUGAUGAUGAUGACGGCGAUGAUAGAAAUAGCAGCUGCAGUGAGUUGGUUAUGAUAAAUGAUUAUGAUAUUGGCAUACAGAGCAUUGGUGAUUAUAGAGAAGUUGUUGUGAAGUCUGGGGGAAAAAGACAAGCACCUGAUGUGUCUCCAUUGUACAUGCCAUCAACUGGAGCAAAAAGACAAACACCUGAUGUGCAUCCAAUGUAUAGGCCAUCAUCAAAUAAGAGAAACCAACAAGAAGAUGAUUCUGUUCAGAUAACUCCUCCUGUUCCUGAGAAGCAGCAUGAGGCUUACACCAUUAAUCACUCUCAACACCAAUAUACUGAUGUUGUUGGGUUCAAUGAGAUGAACCAGCUAAGUUUUACACAAUCAAGCAACAACAACACACAUGUCCAAAUGGUUGGAGAGUCAAAUACUCAGCCUAUUAACAAUGUCAAUCCUCAUGGUCAAACUACAGAACCAUUUCUCGAAUGGACUCUUCCUCCUCUCAGUUAUUCAAAGGAAGUGACUUCUCAGCCAAUGGAAAUAGGCACUGCAGGGUUUCAAAACAUGAAUGGUGGAAGCAUGAACAAUCAUACAGAACCAGUUGCAGAACCAUGA